GGCCGCCACCACCACAGCAGCAGCAGCAGGCUACUGCCAGCUCCGACCGCGCUCGAGCUGCCCGGCUGCGUUCCGCGGAGGAGGCGGCGCGGAAGGCCUUUGCGGUGUUCGAUACGGACGGCAAUGGGGAGGUUAGUCGCUCUGAGGUGCGGCAGGCGGUGGUCAACAUCUACAAAGAGCGGCGCAACAUGGCUCGGAGCCUCCAAGACACCGAGACCAUUGUGCAGAGUCUGGAGUUUGGUAUCGGCGGUGUGAUCCACUUCGUGUUCGCCGCCGUGUACCUGCUGAUCUGGGGGGUGGACCUGCUCACUGGCUUCUCAACCUUCUCAGCCACCGUGCUGGCGCUCACGUUCGUGUUUGGGAACAGCGUCAAGAACAUGUACGAGAGCAUGCUGUUCCUGUUCAUCACGCACCCGUACGACGUGGGUGACUGCAUCCUGGUGGGGGCCGACAUGUACCGCGUCAAGAAGAUCAGCCUGCUGUUCACCGACCUGGUCAGGGCCAACGGCGAGCGCGUGUACAUGCCCAACACCAGCCUCAUCACCCAGGGCAUCACCAACUGGACGCGCUCCAAGAACAAGUCCGAGUCCUGCAGGCUGGUGUGCGACAUGGGUGUGGCCUGGGA